CGGAGGGCGUAAGGUCCGCGCGCGUCCUCACAGUGUAUCGCGCGGUCACUCGCCACGACACCUCCGGUCGCGAACGAAAUCUACUUAAAUAUAAAAAAGUAAAAGUGUUCCAUUUAAAAAUGAGAAAUAUUAUUAAUAAAAACGUUUGAACACUACUAGUGUUUAUUUAAACGUACGUGAUGCCAACGAACGUAAAUAAGAUUGUGUAAACGAUGUAAGUGAUAAAGACGUUCAAGUGAGAUGUUGGGUGCGAGCGAACAGUAGUGCAGUGGACUGGUACAACCAAGAUGACGAUGAAAUCGCUGAAGUACAGCGAGCGGGAGGAGAUGAUGGAGGGGUUCAGCCCAGUACCGCCCCCGCUCCCCCGCCGCCAGCCCGUCCGCAAUAUCUACGCAGAACCCUUCGUAGACCCUAGGUACACGUCAUCGGGCGUGACUAACGAAUGGCUCGCCCUACAGACCCUAAAUUCUGAGUCAUUGGGCGGCACGGGCAUGUCAAGCGGCAUGGGUCAGGGUACGCUGGGUAGCGCGCACUGCCAGCUAGCCAACCAGCCUCUGGUGAUGCCAGUGUUCCCGCUGCGAGCCAGUCAACCAAGCCCCGUGCCCGUCUACUCCCCCUCCCGCUUCCACAUAGACAAGCGAUGCCAACACCGGUGCACGUGGAAGUGUCUCGCCAUCGCCAUGAUAUGCCUCUGCGUCAUCUUAGCGGCUAUGCUCGCAUACUUUAUAGCGUUAUCGUCAAUUAAAAGUAAUAUAGACAAUUCAAAUUGCAUACUGGUUCAAGAUGUGAAAGCUGUAACACAUGCACAAGGAAUUAGGGAUUUAUCAACGUCAUCACCAUCGGACGAAUCAAUAUCAACAUCAUCUCUGGGAGGCUGGUCGACAACGGCGGAAGCUGCGCUAGAGUCAGCGGUGAUACCGCAACAAGCGCAGCAGGCCGCGCCGCCGCCCUGGUCGCCGGCCCUCGAAGUCCGGGAAUUCGAUGAGCUGCACAGCGCCACCAUACCUGCCUACCAGUUCUGGAGUUCAGAAUUCCGCAACAAACAACCCGCCUACGUUAGCCUUAACUUUACUGUACCGUGGGGCGCCAAUUUUGCUGUAUACGGCAGACGCAACGUAGCACCAAGUGUUACGCAGUAUGACUUUGUAGAAUUUAUCCGCGGCGGCAGAGUCGAUCACCGACUCAGAAGAAGAAGAAGUCUGCAUAAACACGACCCUCACGAACACAACAUGAACGAAUGGGACGCGUUAUUGAGCACGAUUAGUCCAUUUCAGAGAUGGAACCACACGAUAACUAGGAGAUCAACGGAUAUGAGGGUAAAUGUCAGUAUAUUGCAGUACCUAGACACGGGGAGAUGGUUUAUUUCAGUAUACAAUGACGAACUCCAGCCGCACAACGUUGAAAUGAUUGUUUCGGAAGCCGAGGGCGUUACUAAUUCUUGCCCUGACGAUUGCUCUGGCCACGGAUCCUGUUAUCUUGGGAAAUGCGAAUGUAUGGACGGAUACGAAGGACAUGAUUGUUCAAAGAGUGUGUGCCCAGUACUUUGUUCUGGUCACGGAGCGUAUGCCGGCGGAGUCUGUCAUUGUUCUGAAGGCUGGAAAGGUGCGGAAUGUGACGUACCAGCUCAUGAUUGCGAACCCGCUGACUGCUCAGGUCGAGGUCAAUGUAUCGCUGGACAUUGCAACUGCAACGCUGGGUGGAAAGGUCCUAAAUGUGAUGAAGAGGACUGCCUGGACCCGACGUGUGGUGGUCACGGGUCGUGCGUGCGCGGGCGCUGCGUUUGCCGAGCGGGCUGGCGCGGCGCCGCGUGCAGCGAACGCGACGCGCGCGUACAGCGCUGCCUGCCAGCGUGUUCGCAACGCGGCGUCUACGAUCUGGAUGCCGGACGAUGCGUCUGUGAUCCGCUUUACACUGGAGAUGACUGCUCUCAAGUGGUCUGCUCCCUUGACUGUGGACCACACGGAGUUUGCGCGGAAGGAGUGUGCCGUUGCGAUGAAGGUUGGACCGGAGCCCUAUGCGAUCAAAGACCAUGCGACUCACGAUGCCACGACCACGGACAAUGCAAAAACGGCACUUGUGUCUGUACGCAAGGAUGGAAUGGCAGACACUGCACACUGCCGGGUUGUCCAAACGGCUGUUCUCGUCAUGGGCAAUGCCUCUUGGAAGACGGUGUGUACCGCUGCUCCUGCGCCGAUGGCUGGGCGGGCGUCGACUGCUCCAUUGCCCUCGAACUCUCCUGCAACGACAACGAAGACAACGAUGAAGAUGGCAUGACGGACUGCUCGGACUCGGAAUGCUGCAGUCGGCCAGAGUGCACUGAGCACAUCAUGUGCCUAGCGUCCAACGACCCCGUAGAGGUCCUGCUCCGGAAACAGCCGCCCUCCGUCACCGCGUCCUUCUACCAGCGCGUCAAGUUCCUCAUCGAAGAAAACUCCGUACAGAGCUACGCCCACAUGGACGAGUAUUCGGAGAGUCGCGUGUCCGUGAUGCGCGGGCAAGUGGUGUCCCCGCAAGGACUUGGCAUCAUCGGCAUCCGAGUCUCCGUCGACAGAGAAGCCAGGUUUGGCUUCACGCUCACCAGACAAGGAGGAUGGUUCGACGUAUUGGUGAACGGUGGUGGGGCAGUGACGCUGCAGUUCCAGCGAUCGCCCUUCAAACCUCUGCGGAAGACUGUCUUCGUGCCUUGGAACCAGAUCGUCGUGCUGCCACCCGUGCAGAUGGAGCUGAGUGAUGACAACGUCAAAGUACCUACGCCGAGAGCGCCUCCCCGCCUGGAUUGGUCUCCGAUGCCGCAAUGGUGGGAGUCGCAGGCGCCGCCCUGCGCCGCCCACGACCACGAGAGGCUGCGGCCAGAAGUGGUGGCAGUACCGCCCCUCGCAGCACCCGCCGCUUCUUCGGCUACUACCACCACUGUUAUAUACCCUGAAGCUCAGAUUGUAAGCGAGUCCAUCCCGAUCCCUGGCUCAUCAGUCACGCUUACCUACCGCUCGUCUCAAGCCGCAGGAUACUUAUCAUGCGUGCACGUCCAACUCACACGCAAGAUCGUCCCAGCUUCCUUAACGCGUGUCCACGUCCGUGUCGAGAUCGAAGGAUCACUACACACGCAUACAUACGAAGCUGAUCCAGAUCUGACCCAUGUCUUUGCGUGGAACAAGAGGAAUGUUUAUAAACAGAAGGUUUACGGUCAAGCCCAAGCGAAGAUCUCCAUCGGCUACGAAUACUCUUCCUGCGCUGCAAUCGUAUGGGAGACGCAAACAGCUACCUUGGCUGGCUUCGAUGUGGAUAUCUCAGACAUUGGUGGCUGGGGCUUGGAUAUCCAUCACCACUACAACUUCCACGAGGGAAUCCUACAGAAGGGCGACGGAGCUUUGCUGCAUCUCAAACAUUACCCAAGGACUGUUCAGGUUGUAAUGGGCACCGGUCUCCAACGAUCUCUAGAUUGUCCCGACCACUGCAACGGCAAAGCAGCAGAUGCUCGUCUCCUCACUCCGACUGCUCUGACAUCAGGACCUGAUGGUUCACUCUACGUCGGAGACUUCAACCUCGUACGACGCAUCACUCCAGAAGGCGUCGUUACUACUGUUCUUCAAUUGGAGACUACCCAAGUUGCCUACCAAUAUUACAUUUGCAUAUCGCCAGCCGAUGGAUAUCUAUACAUAUCAGAUUCAGAGAGACAUCAAGUAAAGAGAGUUAUGACUUUGGAGAAAGUACGAGAUCCAGCAUUGAACUGGGAACCUGUUGUUGGCAAUGGCGAUCGCUGCGUGCCUGGUGACGACUCCAACUGUGGCGAUGAAGGUCCUGCUAUUAAAGCUAAGCUGGCUCAUCCAAAAGGUCUUGCCAUCGCAGCUGAUAAGACAAUGUACAUCGCUGAUGGAACGAAUAUUCGAGCAGUAGACCCGAAUGGAAUUAUCCACACGUUAGUUGGUCAUCACGGACACCACAAUCACUGGUCACCGGUUCCAUGCCGAGGCGCCAUAGCACCAUACGAAGCUCAACUGCAAUGGCCAACUGGAGUAGCAUUAUCCCCUCUUGAUGGAUCUCUAUAUUUCAUCGACGAUAGAAUAAUUCUGAAAUUAACUGUUGAUAUGAAGAUAAAAGUAGUCGCUGGUCAACCCUCACAUUGCCGUGUUGGUAGCGACGGCAAACCACUAGUCAAAGGCAUGAAUAAGACCAACACUGAUUUCAGGGAAGACUCAAGCUUGGGUACAAUACUAGCUAUUGCUUUUGCUCCAAGUGGCGUGCUAUACGUCGCUGAAGCAGAUUCAAAGAAGUCGAAUACUAUAAAAACUAUUGAUCCUUCUGGCAAGAUUAUGCAUUUCGCUGGAAAACUACAAGAGAACUUGAAAGAAUUAAGUUGUGAAUGCAAUUCGUCUUCGUCCGCGACAGCAACGCCAACUGCGAGAGAUGCUGAUGGUGGUUGUCCAUGCAAGCUCAGUGUAGCGGCCGGAGAUGAACCUCCAACUAGCACUGAAACUUUACUCUCAUCGAAUGCCAAGUUCCAAACCAUAUCUGCUCUUGCAGUGACUCCUGAUGGCGUGCUUAAUGUUGUUGAUCAAGGUUCACUACAUAUACUGGCCCUCAAACAUUAUCUGCCUACUCACGAUGAGAAUGGGGAGUUUAGAAUACCGUACCCACCGACAUCAGAAAUCUACGUAUUUAAUCGCUACGGACAACAUAUCACUACCAAGGACUUAACAUCUGGAAAAACAAGAUAUUCAUUCCUUUACUCAAAGAAUACAAGCUUUGGAAAGUUGUCUACAGUAACUGAUGCAUCAGGAAAUAAGAUCCAACUACUGAGGGAUUAUAGUAACGUCGUGAGUUCAAUAGAAAAUACUCAAGAUCAUAAACUAGAACUGAAGAUAUCUGGAAUCGGUUACCUAACUAAAUUAGCAGAGAAAGGCACGUCAGAAAUUGAAUUAGAUUACGAUGCUAAUUCUGGAUUACUCAACAGUCGUUCAGGGGCUGGAGAUACCGUAAUCUACAACUACGAUGAACUUGGCAGAGUGACCAAAAUUAUAAUGCCUUCAGGCGAACAAGUUCAUAUAGCGUCGGGUCUAGCCAAAAACUAUGGCUUAGCUGUAACUGUAUCCAAUCCAUCUAGCACAAUUCCCGUAGGGGUAGCUAAGAAAUGCGAAUACGUAUUACAUGGACAAUCCUUUAAACAAAUUACUAUUAAUAACGGCAAACAGAUUACUGAAGGAAAAAUCUACACGAACAAUACUCUAAUGCUUGAAACGCCAUGGAAUGGCAAGUUUGAGAGCAUAGCAGCUGCUAAGCAUCCACUCUUAGAAGCAGCUCUACCAAUUGAAGCAGAAAUGCUUCACAUGUGGUCUCAUCAAAGUACUACCUUUGGUGAUGGACUCAUCAACAACAUGUACUCGCUAUACACGCUAGUAGGUGAUGUAAGGAAUCCGCAACAGACUCUGAAUCGCGAAAUUUGGGUUAACGACUCCAGAGUUUUGAUGAUUGAAUUCGACCAGUUCAAGAGCAAAGAAACCUUUUUCAAUGCUGACAGAAAUCCUUUGUUUACAAUCGCGUAUGACGUCGCUGGAUUGCCAUUAUCUUUCACUCCACACGGCGCGGGUGUACCUCUAAACAUUUCAUACGACAGAUUCUACAGAAUAAACGGAUGGAAAUGGGGCGACAGUGAGGAAAGUUAUAAUUACGAUCCGCAUGGUAUGCUAUCGGAAAUUACCAGUCCCCAAGAUGGAACGAAGUUUAUUUAUUACAAUGAAGGUAAUCUCGUUUCAAAGAUAACUUUAGCUAGCCAGAGAAGUUUCAAAUACUUGUACGACAAUGACGGCGGUUUAACCCACGUUGUUUUGCCAUCUGGAACAAACCACUCAAUUAGUGUGCAACCCUCCAUUGGAUUCUUGAGAGUAACCUACACUCCUCCAGGAUCGACAAAGAAAUACCUACAACAUUAUUCUCACACUGGAGAACUUCUUCAAACUGUCUUCCCUGGAGAUGGAGCUCGAGUAGUCUACCGUUACUUUACUACAAACAAAGUAUCCGAAGUGGUUCAUGGAGACGGUCAAACGCAAAUUCACUAUUCGGAGAACAGCGGCCUUCCAUCGGAAAUAUUACAUGUUGACCGUGACGUUGACUACAGAUGGGAAUCUACAUACGCUGGUGGUUUGCUUAUGGAAGAACGUCUAGACUAUGGCGCGAAAACUGGACUAAGCAAUGCUAAGAUUAUUUACGAAUACGAUAACAACUAUCGCAUUACAUCAGUUCAAGGUCGUAUCGGCGGUCAGACCCUCAUUCCACAUCAUAUUGUGUACAAUAGUAAAACGGGAGCACCGGAAUUACUCGGCCAAUUCACUGUAUCCAAGCAAAAGUGGAAUGAGACAUCUGUUUACGAUGGAAUCGCAAUGUUCUCUCGUGUACUAAACGAUCAAUUCUUAGAAAAGGAAGUAACUGUGAAUAUUCAUAGAAUGGAAGUGUUCAGAAUGGAAUUUUCCUACGAUAAACAUGGAAGAAUUUCUCAAACACGGACUCAUACGAGAAAUGUAGGCGUGAACACUUACACCAAUGUUAAAAAUUACACGUGGGAUUGUGAUGGGCAGCUGACAGGUGUGGAAGCACAGGAACCAUGGGGCUUCAGAUACGAUGACAACGGAAACAUGCUCUCACUGACUUACAGAGGCAACACGAUACCCAUGGAAUACAAUGACAUGGACAGAAUUAUCAAGUUUGGAGAAGGCCAGUACAGAUAUGACAGCAGAGGUCUAGUGUCCCAAAAUGCGAGGGAGGAGAGAUUCCAGUACAAUUCUAAGGGUUUACUUAUUAGAGCGACGAAGCGUGGAAGAUUUGAUGUUCGUUAUUAUUACGAUCACUUGGAUAGGCUGUCAACGAGGAAGGACAACUUUGGAAACGUAACCCAAUUCUUCUAUACGAACAAGGAGCGUCCCCACGAAGUCAGCCACAUAUAUUCACCACGAGAAAACAGAUUCAUGACCCUGGUUUAUGAUGACAGAGGACAUCUUAUUUACACGCAGGUCGCCCGCCACAAAUAUUACAUCGCUACAGAUCAAUGUGGUACUCCGGUCAUGGUCUUCAAUCAGUACGGUGAAGGCAUUAGAGAAAUCAUGAGAUCACCUUACGGACACAUCGUCUACGAUUCCAACCCUUACCUAUACCUUCCUGUGGACUUCUGUGGCGGUCUCCUAGAUCAAGUGACGUCACUAGUACACAUGGCGAAUGGAAAAGUCUAUGACCCUCUAAUUGGACAGUGGAUGUCACCAUUAUGGGAGAAUCUUAUCGAUAGGAUUCAUACUCCGACCCAGUUGCACCUCUACAGAUUCAACGGCAAUGAUCCCAUUAAUGUACGGCCUCAAAACAAGAAACCAACAGAUCACAUAUCGUGGCUGAAGCUUCUCGGCUACGAAAUCAAGAGCUUAGCACCGCAGCUGUAUCCCGACGAGCUGCCUGGAGGCUCCGUGCUGCCGAACAUCCCGCGUGGGCGCCCAGUGUGGGGCACUGCGCCCUCUGAGGGCAGCCCCGGCCUGCCCGCCUCCAUGUCACUGCUCCCCAGUGUCAGCAUCGAGUCCGGCUUCCUCUCACACAUGUCCAACAAACGUAUAGCCGACUUCCGAAGCCUCUCCAUCCCAGCCAUGUCCGCACUGAAGACAGAUGCGCUCAAUCUGGCACCAAAACGUAUCGGUUCAGAUUCAGAACCGCCUUUCGGACGAGGAAUACUAAUAUCGCGCAACUCUCGCGGGCGAGCUGUCGUCACGGCCGUACCGUCAGCCAACGCCAUCUACCGCGACGUAUACACCUCUGUCUUCAACCGAUCUCAUCUCCUGCCAUUCUCGUUCGUCGUGCACGGUGAUCAACAAGACGUCUUCUACUUCGUCAAGGAGGACACUUGGCGUGCGCCCGACGACAAGCAGCAAUUGAAACGCAUGCAAGGAAAACUGAACGUGACAUUCCAUGAGGUAGCGGAGGGUGGAAGGUCGUACGCGGACGUAAAGAUCCACGGACAGACGAGUAUCGUUAACUUGCGAUACGGGACGAGCGCGGAGCGGGAGCGGCAGAGGCUGCUGCACCACGCGCGUGCGUCGGCAGUGCGCAAGGCGUGGCACCGGGAGCGCGAGGCGCUGCGCUCGGGGCUGGGCGGCUCGCUGGACUGGUCCGCGGCCGAGCUCGAUGAGAUCCAGAAGGCGGGCUCGGCGGCCGGCUACGAGGGCGAGUACAUCCACGACGUGGCGCGCUACCCUGAGCUGGCGGAGGAUCCGUACAACGUGCGCUUCGUCAAGAAGCGCGCCGACCGCGCCGAGCGCCGGAGGCGGAAGCGCGAGGACUGCCGCGCGCCCUGGUGGCUCGCCUGGGACGACCUCUGCUAGUGACGUGCCGCCAUCCAUAUGCCAAAUCGUGUGAAUGUGAAAUCGAUGUUUGUGCGAACGGUGACGAAUGAUCGUGUGUGUGCUCGGAAAUAUAUUUUGUAAAUAGUCUCUAUUAAUUGUUAAUUGUUGAUGUAUGUAUGUACGGUAGACGCGAAUCCCUAUCGCUAUGUAAAUAAUAAAUUUUAAUUUGCAGGGAGAGAAUGGACCUUUUGAGAGGACUGAUAUUAAAUAAAUGUAAUGUAUGUAUAAAUAAGACGAUUUAUGUGAAUAUAAAAUUAUUUAUACUUAUUUAUCGGUAAAAAAGCUUCGAUUGUGUCCAAUGUUCUUAUAAAAUUUAGAUGAAGACUAUUUGAAAAGAAUAAAAAGGCAUACUUUUUUAACCAAAUCAA